AUUGAGGAAGAACUAGAAUUUGAAGCAUGCUAAAAUGAAGUCAGACCAGAGAUGCCCUCAGGGAAGCAGUCGCUUGCAAGAAAUAUUUUGGAGCUGUGUUACAUAUGUCAUCAUAAACACUUACCCAUAUUAACUAUAAAUAAAUCAUAAUAUUUAAGACCUGAUAGUUAAUUAUGUGAGCAUUUAAGUUGAAGACCAUUCUCUUAUACCAGUUUGUUACGUUGGUGUAUGAAAGCCUAUCGUGGGAUUCCAUCUAGUGGGUAAAAGUAAAAGUGCAGUGUCACAUUUUUUUCUUGUUCUGUAGUUUUGAAGGUCGAUACUUUGAAACAAUUCUCUAUUAUGGCUUUUUAAGGAUUCGAUAAAUGCAUUUAACAGAAUGAUGAGAAUCUAGAACUUCACAUUAGAAGUUCAGAAGUCUAAACAUUAGACUACAUGAACACGAAGGAAAUAUGUUUAUUGCAUGAUUUUUGUUUUAUAUUUAUUUACAGUAUUUUCCAAUCUCACCUAAAGUAUUGUGUGCCUCUGUAUUCUUUAUUUAUAAUUUUGAUACAUUUUGGCAUGUUACAAGGUGAGCCCUGCAACACCUGACUAUUUUAGUUGAAAGAAGGAUGUACUUCUUGUAAAACGAAAGGUGACUUUUGUCAGCAGGCUACAUGGAACGUAAAGAACACAUUUGCAAACCACAGUUUUGUCCAACGCUGCCCAACAUCCUGUUUGAUUCUUGCUAAGGUACAUCAAACUGCUCACAGCAACGCAUCAAUGCUUCAACAUUUAUCUAAAAAUAUGAAGGUCAUGUUUAUACUGCUUUCAGUCCAGGUAAGUGUGCAGCUUCAGUGUGAUAAAACAAUCAUUCGAGGCACAAUAGGAAGCACUUUCUCUGUCUUCUGCACCUACAAAACAAACCAGUUCAGAUUUAACAAGAAGUACUGGUGUGCAGGAGACUCCAGAAGCUCAUGUGAGGUUCUGAUGGACACCGAUGGAUUUUCUCUAGUUAACUACAGAGACCGUGCUCAGAUCAUUGAUGCUGUUUCUAGAGGUUUGACUAUUCGUUUAAAAGAUUUACAGUUGGAUGACACUGGAACCUACUGGGUUGGGAUUGAUAAAAUCUAUGCUGAUAUAAUGCUCAGGAUCCAAGUUAUAGUAAGAAACGAGGCUGUAAUAAAUCCAAGCGUUUGGCCUCUUAGUUUUGUAGAGAUGACAUGUUGGGGACAACCUGUUACGUUUCGAUGUAGGAGUGAGAGAGGAACGGAUGUGCGUUACACUUGGUACAGAGUAGGACACCCUAACAACAUUGUCCUCCAUCAUGCCACUGAUAUGAAUUUCCAGUGUUCAAACAGCACUGAAAAUACACAGUUUUUCUGCUCGGCUUAUAAUGAUGUCAGCCGCCAGAACAGUGAAAUAUUUACUGUACAACACCUGCAGCCUGCAGACCAGGGCUGUAUGUAUCUCAUCACAUCCAAAACUCUCAGUAGCUAUGAAUGUAUAAGAAGCACAACAUUACCCACAACAACCAUGCAAACAUCCGAGAAUCUUUGGACCUCUGCCACGGCUUCUGUCUUCACAGUUAAUCGAAGAGUACGUUUUUCAUGGUCUGGAUUGCCAUUGUGGUAUGAAUGUCUUCGCUGGCUUUUCUCUUCAGCUAUGUUCACUGUCGUAUGUGCAGUGCACAUUUGGACAAAAUCAAGAUGCAGGAGGGUUCAGGGCAAACAUCACAAAGAGAUCUGACUCAGAACCAUAAUUCUGUAUUGCAUACUCUCUAUUCCCUCAAUAGAAACCAAGCCCUGUUUUAUAUCACAUUUAUUAUGAACUACAAGAAAUUUGUUUAUUUUUGUGUUCAUCUACCUUUACAUUGUUUUGUAGAAAUUCAUCCUGUCGAUCUCUCUGAAAAAUAUGUCAUUAAAAAUACGCAUUUUAUAACUAUGUGGGGAUUAUUUGUGCGUGGCUUUGGAUAAAAAGCUGCUGGCUGUUAUAUCCGGAUCUUGACCCUAAGUCCUCAUACUAAGUCCUAAUACUAAAGAUAAAAUUUGUGGUCUAAAAAAUAUGGUGAAAACUUCCACAAAAGAACAAAACAUUUUACAGUAAAUACCCUUCAAGACACAUAAUGAUAAAAUAAAUACACCGUGAGUUAGUAACAUCACACCUCACAUAGUAUUGUGACCCUUUACUUGGACUUGAUGAACAUUUGCAUCUCUUGGUUGACGAAUUCUGUUCAAUGUUUGAAGUCAAAUUGCCUUACACAACAAGCAUACUGCCCCAUAAAAUUCCCCACAAUAUAAGGGUGAGGCAAAGUUUGUGAAACAUCAGUACACUUACUCAACAGGAAAUGAUUACAGGACACACAUGAUUCCUCUACAUUUUCAAAGUCUCCUUAAAAGGAAGACUACAAUAAACCAAUUUAGUGAAUGA